CAAACAAUAUGGCGGGAAGUGAAACGGAAGAAAUGUCCGCGGAGAUGGAAGCUGUUUCACGCAAUAUAGCAGAAUUUUCUGGCAACGAAGUGGAUCAUGGACUAGAAACUUCAAUGAAGGCCCUUUCCAGCUCCAUAUCAAAGAAGAUGGGUAUUCCUCUGAAGUUGGCUGAGGAACUAAAUCAAUUGGAGAUUGAUGUUGCUAAACUGUCUGAAAAUGUAACAGGGAAAAAGUCUCAUUUAAAACGAGUGAAGCAUUGGCUAAGAGAGGACAGUGAUAAAGAUGAGCCAUCAUCGACUGAAGAAAUCAACAAAAACAUCAACAAUCUGGAGGAUAUGAUAUUAAAAAUGCAGAAGAUAACUGGUGUUUGUUUUAUGGAUUUUCAAGAAGAGACUCUAAAAACAGAAGAAAGGUUCACUCAAAAACAUUUUGACAUUAAGGGAGAAUGUAACGGACUUGAGUUUGGACUGGAAUUCGAUACAGAGGAAAUAGUGAUGGAAGAUGAACGAUCAGAACUUGAAAUAAAAGAAUUUGUUGCAAAUGUACCGCAAGAUGUUUGUUUUGAGCUGGAGAAGCCACUAGAAAGGAUUGUAAAUGAACAGACCAUUGGAGGAUUUUUUCGGUUGAUUAUGCCAUACUCAAAAUGGGAAUCUCACAGACAGAAAAUACUGAAUCAUUUUGCUGAAAAGUAUCCUGAUUUCGUGACAAUAUAUACAAUGGAGACAAAUCGCAUCCUUGUGAUCUCACAUCCUAAUUUUAAACAUGGACCUGUCCUGAUGAUCAGCUGGGAGUUCUGUACACAGUCCCUUGACAGGGUGACUCCGAGGAUCCGACUAGGCGUGGAGGGAACCAAGCAGUUACUGGAUUUAGACAAGGCAAAAGCUCUGGAAAAUGCCCCUGAAAAUUUUGAACUUUUGGUUGAAGAGUUUGGAAUAGAGCGGGCGGUGGAAGCAAUGAUCAACUUGAUCCAAAUGCAGUCAUAGUAAACAAAUGGAUGCUGAACUCCUUCCCUGUGAUAAGAUGUGAACUGGCCGCUGACAACAUUAUAAACAGAUUAUAUUGAACUUGAGGAUAUCCAUUUAAAUAAUAGAAAAGAAAUUUAAAAAGAAAAUAGAACGAGAACUGGACUUAAUUAACAUAAGCAGUGUCUCGCAGACAAAUUUACCUCAGAGGUCGUUUUGUUUAAAAAUAUGAGAAUUUUAGAAUACUUAGUGGCAAGUUUUGGUUAGAUAUUGUUGUAAGCCAGAUACAAUGUAAUGGAGUUGUUUGUUGUUCAGUUAUACUAAUAUAUAUUAACGGUUGAACCGUUGACAUGUCAUAUUUCAAUGGAUUGGUGGAAGAGGUAAGUUUAAAAUUUAUAACCGACACUAUUUCAUGAUAACUCAUCAAUACUGCUGUACAAGUGGAAAUUACCGCGAUGUGGAUAUUCACACUUUUAUAUAUAUAUUUUUCAUUUCCACACACGAGAAUUUCCACAUAUACAGUCUGAUGUAUACGGAAUAUGUGACUUAAUUAUUAUGAACUAUAUUUUGUAUCUCAGUCAUGAAAACGAUACUGUAAAAUUGUCCAAAUGAUGGUUUUUGUAGUCAUCAGAAACACAUGAAUCAUUAAAGACAUUAUGUACAGAAUAUCUGGUGUUGACGCU